UACUCUACUUUACCUUGCUUAUUCCGGCAAAAAGGGCCGGAAAAUCAAAGUUUAAAAAACUAUAAUUCGUCUCUAGCAAUAUUACCAUAACUAUAGUUAGUCUAGUAAUAUUAACUAGGUAACCAUAGUAACUAGCAAUAUUAUCAUAACUAGGAUGCCUGCAGAGGUGGAACCUCCAGGCUGGAUACUUAAAUCAUGGAACUGUUCUUUUGAGCUAAGCAAUGUUACCACAACAUUUGGAAAGGAGGACUCAGACUGUCUCAUACCAUUUCGAAGUGUAAGUAAACAUCACGCAGUCAUCGCUUGGGAUCCUAGAAAGCAGAACUACAAAAUCAAAGAGGCACCCUUUUCAUUGGGGACGUUUGUUAAUGAUUCUCGAAUUGGUGUAAGAACUAUUGUAAUAACGCUGGGAGACACCAUACGGUUUGGGGCAGAUUCUCCAACUUUUCGAGUUGAAGUGAAAGAAAAAGAAAAGGAGAUUAUUUCACCUCGAAAAACUCUCUCAACAGUUCAUGAUAUUGAGAAAGAAGAGUCGGAAGACUGGCCAGAACGGACUCAGAACCAGACAGUAGUCUCAAACAACAAACCCUUCGUUGUAACUCCCAUAGCACCCUCCCCGCAAUUAAAGCAUGCUCCACGUGCGCCUGCAACUAAGAUAACCUCUUACGAGCCUCCUGAUCUGCGGGAUGAGUCUCCACUACUGCGCGCAUCACGUGAUCUCUCCAUGUCUAGAACCAGUAUUGACGAUCUGAGGAACAACAGGGCAUCUACCCCCAGUUCUGCAAGCAGACCAGAUAACAAAAGACCUAUAAGAAUGACGCCCCAUCUACUAAACUCCCCGCCGCGCUCGCGCCGCGUCUCCUCUGCCAGUGUGGAAGUGAAGUCCACCACAACCCAUCUGAAGACUCACCGUCGUACCUCCUCUGAUAACGCUCUCUUAGACCCCUCUCUUAAACCUUCUGCAAAGUCACGUGAUAAUGUGAACAAGUCACGUGAAGGCAGACGGGGAUCACGUGAUAGCAUAUCACAGUCACGUGAGAGUCCCCAUAAGUCACGUGAGAGUCCCCAUAAGUCACGUGAGAGCCCCCACAAGUCACGUGAGAGCCCCCACAAGUCACGUGAGAGUCCCCACAAGUCACGUGAGAGCCCCCACAAGUCACGUGAGAGUCCCCACAAGUCACGUGAGAGUCCCCACAAGUCACGUGAGAGUCCCCACAAGUCACGUGAGAGCCCCCACAAGUCACGUGAAGGCAGACGGGGAUCACGUGAUAGUUUACAGAAGUCACGUGAGAGCCUGCAAGCCUCACCGUUUAAACAAUCCCCGGUAAUGUGGGAGAUCCUGUCGGAGAGAAGUAGUUCCUCUCCUGGUUUACUUGACACUGAUCCUGAGGAUGAACAACUUUUGCAGAGUCUGUGUUUAUCAGACACUGAGGAGCACUCUCCUAAAAACGAGGAGCACUCUCCUGAAAACGAGGAGCACUCUCCUGAAAACGAGGAGCACUCUCCUGAAAACGAGGAGCACUCCCCUGAAAACGAGGAGCACUCCUCUGAAAACGAGGAGCACUCUCCUGAAAACGAGGAGCACUCUCCUGAAAACGAGGAGCACUCUUCUGAAAACGAGGAGCACUCUCCUGAAAACGAGGAGUACUCCCCUGAAAACGAGGAGCACUCUUCUGAAAACGAGGAGUACUCCCCUGAAAACGAGGAGCACUCUUCUGAAAAUGAGGAGCUUUGUCCUGAAGACGAGGAGGAUUCAUCUGAAGACAGAGAAGGUUUACCUGAUGAGGAGGAUUCAUCUGAAGACAGAGAAGGUUUACCUGAUGAGGAGUUGUUUGAACCACUCCCAGAGCCUAAAGCGUUUGCGUUUGUAAUUGACGGGUCUGAUAUGGACAUGACCCCGAUAAAAAAGAAAUCCCGACCUAAAGAACCUGCACUCGUGUUAGGAGAUCUCUCCGAACUGACUAGAUUCAGCUCAAAGUCAAAGGCCUUCAAGAAGUCGCAGGCGCGCAUCAAGAAUAAAUAUGAUACAAUGAUCGAUUCGUAUAAGGGACCUAAGGGAAGUGCAUUGUAUGGUCAGCCUACUUGGUGGGGAGAAGAAGAAGAUAACAGUCACCCUCCUUCAACACCUGAUAUCGUGCAGAGUCAGAGGAGGACGCCCCGACACAGUCACUCUACUGAGUUUGAUCCGUUUGAUGGCUACUCUGACAGACACGAUUUCGCUGACUACCCCACACCGCGCGAAUCUAGAGAUAACGGUCACCGUGGUGAUAGAGACAAUGGUUACCGUGGAGACAGAGAUAACGGUUCAAGGAGCGGUGGGUUUCCCAGAGAAAGAAAGAAAAGUGUAACAAGAAGAGAGGCGUUGCGUCAGUGUGUAAAACGAGACAAAAACCUCAAAAACAUUUUCAAGAGGAGCUAUAAUGGUAACCAUGGUAACCAUGACAGCCCCGCGCGACCCACAUCCGGCUUCUACGAGGAUGACAAGUAUAGCGAACGCAGCUACGACCGCAACACUGACAGGUCGUACCCUCCAGUCGAAGAGAGACGUAAUAAUCGAAAUCCUCCUCAGCCUAGGUUUGAGGAGAGAGUUUACACGCCUCCUCCCUCUAAACCGGGGAUGGCGUUCCAGAUAACUUUUGACGAGCCAAAAUCAUCCUCACCUCGACAUCCUGGAAAGAAAAAGAAAGGGACGCCACCUAAACCAGAUAAUGAGAAUGAUAAGAAAAGUAACGUUUCAGUCACCUCUGAUAGGAGCAGGAAAUCAGUAGACUCGAACAGGUCAUCAGAGAAACAGUUCGAUCGGAGGUCAGAUAAAAACUCAGAUAGGCAUUCAGACAAGGGGUCAGAUAAGGGGUCAGAUAUGAAAAUAGAUGAUAUCGAGCUGUCUCUUCCUGAUGAGCCUUCUAAUGAGGAGGUGGCAUGCAGGAGCGACGAAGAAGUGUCCGUAUCUUCGGGGAGUCUGCCCGAUGUGCACAUGGAAGAUCCUGCCAUAAAAAAGGAACUGACAAAGUGGGCGAACUCAAUGUUAAAAACUAAAGACUACGUGCCUGUCUUUUCUAUACACGACUCAAUGAAAGACGGCAGAACACUGGCCCAACUGCUUCAUAGUAUAGCCGAUGAACGUGUGUCAGACUUGAACAAAGACCCUAAACUUAGGGUAGAAAUUCUACCAAACAUCGACAAAUGUUUAGCCUUCUCAAAGCAAAACAACCUGAUGGUUGGCGACAUUGCAUCACGUGAUAUUGUAAAGGGGAACGAGCUGCAGAUAACAAUUCUUCUGGAACAACUCCGAGCCGCGCACAAGAGGAAAUUAGAGCGACCGGCUGUACCUAAACCAGAUGAAAGUAAAGUUUCAGAAGCGGAGCUGACGGACGAAGAGGGAGUUCUCCCGUUCAGAAGAAACAAGACAAUGGCUGCUCCUCCUCGGUCUAAACGUUCUCAAAAUCACACUUCAUCUAGUUUAGAGACAGGAGACAAGCCUACAGAUCAGAUAGAGCGAAUGUUAUUACACACAUUAAACACUCUCACACAACAGCUGAAGAGUAAAAUAGACAAAUCUGCAGUAUAUUCACUACACAUAAAGGAAGAGUUAGACUCGCUAGCAGGAAAUAACGCCCCGGAAGACUUCGCUCCUAACUCCAUGACCGGGCCUCCCCCUCCUGGUUCUGACAACAACGCUAUACCUGACUCAGAAAUAACUGAAGCUCUGAAGAAUUUGCGGUUCUUAGAAAGGAAACUGACGGAAAUAGAAGAAAACUUAGUUCACGUUAGGAACGAGACCAUACCUACGCUGGCGAAAAAAGGGAUGGAGAAACCUAAGAAGAAAAAGAAAGGGGCAGGAAGCGUAUUGGGGUGCCUUACUCCGCGGAAUCCCACGCCGGUAGAUGACUGAGAGAUUACGUGACUGUUAAAUCACGCGUUACACAUAACGUGACGUCACGUUCGUAGACAGAGAGUUCACGUGACGUAACAGAAUAAUCAGAACAUGGGGUUAGGGGCUGGGAAGUCUUUAGUCAAACUGUCUUACUUGAACUGAUGUGGUUGUGUUUAUUGCAUGUGUGUGGGUAUGUAACUGUAACAUUGUACUAUGUAUAUACUAUAUAGUAUUAGUAAUUAUGUUAGAUUUGUUGUUGUUUGUUGGAAUGGAGGGUUAACUGAACAAGUGGAGACUUACUUAAUCAGUUACGGGUAAUUAGGUGUAAUUACGGGUAAUUAGGUGUAAUUAUGUGUAAUUACAGGUAAUUAGGUGUAAUUAACACUGGAAAUACUACAUAUAUAAUACUAGUACUACUUAUCAUCUCCACUGCUAGUUAAUUAACCCUUGAUUCUGGAAAUGACAUGGAACUGUUUUUAGUCGCGGGUUAAGUUUAAUGUAUUGAAUUUUGUUGUGAUAAGAUAAUUUAACAUGUAGAUAAUUGUAAUUUCAAUAUUUCAUGUUCUUGUUCACGAACCUAAAAACUGGUUUGCCGGGCCUGCCCCGGAACUUUAACACACGUUGACAAUUUAUUAAUUUAGUUGCUCGCAGUUUCGUUAAAGUCAGGUUGUUAAGUAACACUAGCAGAUUCGUUAAAGUCAGGUUGUUAAGCAACACUAGCUGUCACGUCUCUCAAAAAGUUGUUUUGAAUUAGUGCGCUUACUAUUUAAUUGUGCGAAUAAUUUUAUUUUUGAAGAUAUAAUUGAAAAAGUUCUUUUUGUUGAUUACACCUGAAUAAAUACUUAAGGGAUGCUAUGAUGUUUUUAAUUUUUCAAUCGGAUGAUUUUUGUUUUUGGAUUGGAUGUGAGAUGAAUAGUGAAAAUAGUGACUAUGGUAACUAGUAGUGUAACUAUGGUAACUAUUGGAUGUGAGAUGAAUAGUGACAAUAGUGACUUGUUUAUCCGAUAUUGUGGAGCUUUGAAAUAGAAGUUAGCAUUUGUAAACUUAUAUUUAAUUCUAAGUGAAAUUUGCCUUUUGAUUUUUGUACGUCGCUGUAUGCUAAGAUGUUGAUACUUCAUCAAGAUCAUUUCAUGGCCUCAUUUUUUUACUCGUUAAUCAGUGAAGCAUAUUUUUGAUUUUCCAACUUUCGUCGUUUGGGAGAAUCUAAAUAGGACAUGUACAAAGAGAUAAUAAGUGUUUAACGAAAUAUUUCACCUUCAAUUGCGUUCACACUAAUUUUUAUUUCAUAAUGAUUAGAAUAUUUUUAUUGGAGGGCUUCAGUACACGUCCGCCGGGUGGAGAGCAAUCUCUAUAAAAAACUGUGGGAAACAUUUUGAGUUAAGCAAUUAUUUUGAUGUUGAAAAUUUGCUGGAUGAUGACUUACUGACUUAAGUCGGCUUCUUGGUCCGAGCAACUACAAUUCCUCGCCACACGUCGCGGUCAAGCAUAACAGAUCUUAUCUCUUCAACACAGGAAAGGCUGGUGUCCUUCUUUAGCAUGUCCAGAAACGUAAGGUGGGGCCUCCCCGGUCUCCUGUAUCCAUGCUGAGGGUCCCAGAACAGAAGUUGGUUUGCCAGAAGGUCGUCAUGCCUGGCUACAUGUCCAGCCAGUCUCAUUCUUCUGGAGGCUAUCAUCGCUGAUGGCUUGGGGAUGUUGCCGUAUAAAUCACUGUUGUUGAUGAUUUGUGGCCAACGUAUGUUCAAGGCCAUCCGGAGCAUUCUAGUGUAGCAUCCAUUGCUGGAUGAUACAGUAGUAGUAGUACAGACAAUUUGCACUUAUGAGAGUGUAUUCCUUAAUGAUGAGCAUAGAAAUAAAGUGGCUUAAAAACUUAAUCAGUGUUUUAGCCGAGGAAAAGUGUUAAGAAAAAAAAGAAGAUUUUUCCUGUUUUUAUGUAGUUUUUACAGACAAUACAGUGCUUCUAUCUCAACAAACUUGAUUGAAGAUAAUGUGUAAUUCUAAUAAUGCAGCCGAAGUUUUUAUUUAUUUUAUGAA